UAUUUUUCCCCUCAAAUAAUUUUUUACCCACUAAAUUUGAACCAUUUCUCGUAGUUUAGGGAUAAAGUAACAUUUUUCAUCUCUUUUUAAUUAAUGUGUAAUUAUUGUGGAGAAGGGUGCCUGUUCCAAAUAUUUCAUAAUUUUCCCCAAUUUCUAUUUUAUUAUUCUAUUCAUUUUCCCAAUCUAAGCUUGUACUAAUUUUAUAUUUUUCUGUCAAAUUGUCGUCUUUCUCAAGUCUCAACUUCCGAUCUACAGUAUUGUUUUAGUCCGACAAUAUCGUAAAGAUGCUGCAACUCAAUAGAAGAAUGAACUCAACCAUAGCAAAUGAGCCCCUUUUACACACAAACACAACAGUCUUGGAGGAAAAUCACUUCAAAGACAGAGUAGAGGAAGAAUCAAAAGCAGAUAAUUUAGUGAAACUCACAUUUCAAGAAUCAAACAAGAUAUGGGAAAUUGCUGGACCUUCCAUUUUCAGCCGACUGGCAAUGUUCUCUCUAACUGUCAUCACUCAGUCCUUUGCUGGUCACUUGGGUACCCGUGACCUGGCUGCCAUUUCCAUUGCCACCACUCUCUUCAUCUCCAUUACUUUCGGAUUCUUGCUGGGAAUGGCAAGUGCUCUGGAGACACUGUGUGGACAGGCUUAUGGGGCGAAGCAAUACCCCUUGUUGGGUGUAUACUUGCAGCGUUCUUGGGUCGUAUUGUUCUUCAGCUCUCUAGUACUAUUGCCUCUUUUUGUAUUUGCUGAGUCUAUAUUGGUGCUUCUGGGGCAGCCAGAAGAAGUGGCUAAAUUGACUGGAAAGGUUGCAAUUUGGCUGAUCCCUAUGCACUUGAGCUUUCCUUUUCAAUUUACCUUGUUAAGGUUCCUGCAGUGCCAGCUAAAAACAUCAGUAAUUGCUUGGGUAUCUGGUGGUACACUUGCUCUUCAUAUGGUUUUAUGUUGGAUUUUUCUUUAUAAAUUGGGAUUUGGAAUUGUUGGGACUGCCCUCAUUCUUGAUUUCUCUUGGUGGAUUUCUGUGUUGGGCUUUUUCGCUUACAUUGUUUCUGGUGGGUGCCCUCAUUCUUGGACUGGUUUCUCGACGCAAGCGUUUGUUGGUCUUUGGGAUUUCCUUAAACUUGCUGUGGCUUCUAGGGUGAUGCUACUGUUGGAGAAUAUUUAUUUUAGAGUGCUAGUUAUCGUGUCUGGGCACAUGAACAAUACUGAGGUUGCAGUUGAUGCGCUCUCUAUCUGUAUUACCAUCAUCGGGUGGGAAUCCAUGAUUCCACUUGGACUUUUGGCAGCAACAGGGGUACGCGUCGCAAAUGAACUUGGAGCUGGAAAUGGAAACCGUGCGAAGUUUGCCACAAAAGUUGCAUUGUUGAACACUUUAGCAUUGGGAAUUUUGUUUUGGUUAAUUGUUACGGUCUUUCCUGAUAAGCUUUCUAUGAUCUUCACCUCAAGCACUCCUGUCAUCAAAAUGGUGGGUGGAUUUGCAUUCUUGUUGGCAACCACAAUCCUUUGUAAUUGUGUUCAACCAGUUCUUUCAGGCGUAGCAGUUGGAUCUGGUUGGCAGGCACAUGUGGCAUAUGUCAACUUAGGCAGCUAUUAUUUAGUAGGAGUUCCCCUCGGUAUCUAUUUUGGAUGGUCACUAAACUUUGGGUUACCGGGCUUAUGGUACGGUAUGAUCAUGGGGACAGUAGUUCAAACCUUGAUUUUAGCGAUUAUGACCAUCAGAUGUCAAUGGACCAUAUAAAGAGGCUCAUUACCAGAGAGUCUCACAGGCAAGCGAAAAAUUUGGGAUCUGCUUAUGUGGGAAGAUUUAUGCUAUUUGUUGAUGUAACAUUUGUGUCGUAUAGUAUCUUUGUUCCAGUUGCGUUUGUUUUGUUUUCUUUCUUCGUUUAAUCAUUCCAUAUCUAAAGCUUACUGAUCAGACUAAUCUAGAUUCUCGUCGAAUAGGUCCAAAUUCUCCGUACAGAGACAGUAACUCUAAUUAGAUGGAGCUAGAUGCUUAUUAUCAUGUGAACUCUGCAGCAGCCCAACGAUGCUCAUACUAUUUUUUUCCUCUGUUCUUUCUUGGAUAAAGGAAUGUGGCAUAGGAAUGAAUCAAAAGAACAGAGGAUUAGCUCCACUUUUUCAGUAUUUAAUGUAUUCAGAGAUUCAGAAUUCAAUUUUUUUGUAUUUUUGUACAACUUCUGGUUUAGUUAUGACGUCCAUCUGUGAAAGGAAUUGUGAUCUCUUCUUAGAGAAUCAGAACUAAAUGAAUGAGACAAAUGGUUGGUAGUUGAUUCUUUA